AUGGAUGUGACUAAUGCUUUCCUUCAUGGAAGCUUAGACGAGGAGAUCUACAUGAGUUUUCCUCAAGGCUAUACUUUUCCGGGUGGUACACAACUUCCUCCUAAUGCAGUUUGUCGGCUCCAUAAAUCUCUCUAUGGUUUAAAGCAGGCUUCUCGCCAAUGGUACCACUGUUUUUCUGGAGUAAUCCUCAGAGCCAGUUUCACUCAGUGUCCUGGUGACAACACUCUGUUUGUCAAACAACGAGGAACACGGUUUAUUGCUCUCUUGAUAUACGUUGAUGACAUCAUGAUAGCUUCUAACAAUGACAAUGAUUUACAGGAGGUUAAGACUAUCUUGCAUGCUGCUUUCAAGAUUAAAGAUAUGGGAGCUCCUAAGUUUUUCUUGGGAUUAGAAAUUGCUCGUAAUAGCAGUGGUAUCUCUGUUUGUCAAAGAAAAUAUGCUCUCGAUAUCUUGGCUUCAACAGGGUUGUUGGCUUGCAAACCUUGCAGUGUUCCUAUGAAUCCCAGUGUACAUUUUACAAAGGACAUGGGUACUCCCCUUGACUCUGCUCGUGCUACAUCUUACAGAGAGCUCAUUGGGGGACUGCUUUAUCUCACCAUCACUCGGCCAGACAUCACAUUUGCUGUCAACAACUUAAGUCAGUUUCUCUCUUGUCCUGCGGAUGUGCAUCUCCAAGCAGCAUACCAGAUUUGCCACUAUCUCAAAGGUAACCCUGGUCAAGGACUUUAUUAUGCUGCUAACUCGGAACCUUGCCUUAAUGUUUUUUCUAAUGCGGAUUGGGGUAAUAGUCCUGAAACUAGAAGGUCUAUCUCUGGCUUUUGUGUUUAUCUGGGAAAAAGCUUGAUUAGUUGGAAGUCUAAGAAACAGCAGGUUACUAGUCAUAGCAGUACAGAGUCCGAAUAUCGCAGCAUGGCUCUUGCCACUUGUGAACUUUUGUGGUUGAAUCAGUUGCUCAAAGAUUUGAGGGUUACUGUCACUUCACCUACGAAGUUGUUUUGUGAUAACAAGUCGGCUAUUGACAUCACCACCAACCCCGUGUUUCAUGAGAGGACGAAACACAUCGAAAUUGACUGUCAUACCGUUAGAGAUCAGAUGAAGAACGGGUUCUUGAAGCUCUUUCACGUUUCCAGUGCAAAUCAACAUGCUGACAUCUUGAUGAAAGCUCUCCAGCCGGGUCCUUUCUACUCUCUUCUUGGACGCAUGUCUAUAUCAAGUCUCUUUCAUCCUUCACAUAGUUUAGUAGUUUAG